AUGGAGGACAUUAAUGUAACUGCUUCCGCGUUGCUACCGGCCGCUCUGGUGGGAACCGUGCUGAACUGGGCAGUGUUUUAUUCAAUUCACAAGUUGAAAUCGUUCAAUCAUUCGUUUGGAUUCUUGCUCACUAACCAGACGCUUUUUGAUGCACUCAAUUCCACGUCGUUCUUGUUCUACUUCUGCCCAAUGGUCUUAUUUGAUGUACCGAUCAUGAAGCAGUAUUCCCAUCACUGCGGUUUCGUUAUCCUCCUCUGCUCUGAAAUCUCUAUCAUGACUCAUUUGGCAAUCUCCUUCAACCGAUUUUGCGCAGUAUGGAUCCCUUACAGCUACCAGAGUGUAUUCAGCAACAAGAAUACCAAAUUUUUGAUUGCUGCCAUUUUGAUCUUCUGUGUUUCAGUGGCAUUGCUGUUUUAUGAAAAGCUCUGCUAUCUUUACUAUGAUGAGAAGAUCCACUUCUUGACAUUCAGUACUUCGGACCUUUGCAGUUUCAUUGGUUGGUAUGGAGACUUUCUGAAAAAUGCGUCGAUUGUUGCAUUUGUUGUUUUUAUGGAUAUUCUGACCGUUGUGAAAGUUAGAAUGAUAACGAAAAAGGUGGAGUCGAGUAUCAAUGAAAACGCUCAAAACAAAAUGUCCUCCCGUGAAAUGCGUUUCUUGAAGCAGACCGUUGCUCAGGGCUCGGUUUUUAUGAUGGAGCUCCUCGCAUACUUCUUUGUUCCACAGUACACCACCAAUAAAAUGAUUGUCUUUUUCUCAACUUCAUUUGCCUGGGUGGCGAUGCAUGCAGCUGAUGGAAUGGUCGUGUUGAUUUUUAAUCCAGAAGUGAGAAGAUUCUUGUUCUGUCAGGGAAGCAGUCACAAGGUCACGUCGACGAGCCAGAUUACUGUCAACUUGAAUCAUCAAUGA